CCGCACACUCAUAUAAACUCUCAACCUUUGUGUAAUAACGAUCUAGGAGUGAGCAUAUAUUAAAACUUUCUGAUUCUGUCUAUAUACAUGGCUGAUGAGUUUCAAGCGACGGCAACAAUAUGCGGCAGCGGAGGUGGCGCGUGGUGGAACUCGCCGAUGAGCGCUAAGUUUCCUUCAGAUAAUUUCGUGUCACCGUGUUUCGGAGCUGCUGUUACUUAUGAUUUUGGCUCUCAAGAGAAUAAUAUAAAAUCUAGGAUUACUUGUACCGACAACCGCAUCGGUUUCGGGCAGCGAGAGGCGGAUUCCGACAGUGGAGGAAGCACCGUGACGAUUGACUCGACCAUGCAAAUGAUGGGUCUAGGGUUUUCCUCGAACUCUACUUCAAAUUGGAACCAAACCAUUUUACAAGAAGACUUAAACUCAAGCUUCAUCAGGACCUCACAAGAACAAGAACAUGGCCAAGGAUUCUUAUCGACAACUACCUCACCUUAUCUUCUUAAUCCAGCGUGUUCUUCAUCAGCUUCUUCUUCCUCGAGCUUGCUACCAGCCUUUUAUGAGCCUGGACUCAACCCCUACAGCUUCGUUUCCACCACUACCUGCUCAAUCAACGAUCCUCAGGUCUCUUGGGCUAAUAAUACGACAAAUCCUAAUCAUCAAGCUGCUUAUGGACUAAUUAACAACUUCUCUAACAACACAAAUUCUCGACCCUUUUGGAGUUCUUCAUCAACCACUAACUUAAGUAACACGACGCAGAACAGUUUUGUAACCACUCCGCAGAUAAUAUCUACUCGUGUUGAGGAGAAAACUAAGGUAAUAAAUAACAUGUAUAUAUGUCGAAUUUUUAUGAUAUAUAAAUUUUUCGGCCAACAAGUUAAGUUUUCUAGAAGCCCUUUCUCAAAAAAAAAAAAAAAAAAAGUUAAGUUUUCUUUUUCUUUUGAAUAAUCAGAAGACAAGAGGCCAGAGCGAGUCUUUGAAGAGGGCAAAGGAUAAUGAAUCUGCGUCCAAGAAACAGAGAGUUACCACGCCUUCACCAUUGCCAAAUUUUAAGGUAUAUAUAUAAUUAUUAAUCAUAAUUUGCUUCUAACCUUUAUUUUAAUUAAAUUUCUUGUGGAUAAAAUUGAUCUGUAAAUGUAACAGGUGAGAAAAGAGAAUCUAAGGGACCAGAUUACUUCAUUGCAACAGCUAGUUUCACCUUUCGGAAAGGUGAAUGAUUUAUAUUCUAUUUAUUUGAGUUAUAAUAUACACAAACCAAAGUUUUUGUUUUCAUCUUCUUGGUCAGGUUUAUUUAUCGAGCUUCUUUUUUUGCUUUGUUAUCUGUGGGUUGAUUUUCAGACAGAUACUGCAUCAGUGCUCCAAGAAGCUAUAGAGUACAUCAAGUUUCUUCACGACCAAGUCACUGUUCUAAGUACUCCAUACAUGAAACAAGGUGCCCCGACUCAACAACAGCAGCAGGUUUCAUAAAAUACUCUUGCGUUAGAUUUGUGCCCAGCUUUGGAGUCUUCAUACUAGAUUUAUUAAUGUAUUAUGUACUAAUUUAUUAUGGACUCAUGCUGAUAUCUGGUAAAUCUUAAAACCAGGGUGGAAACGAGAAUCAAGAACUACGAGCACACGGUCUAUGUCUCGUCCCAAUAUCAAGCACCUUUCCGGUGGCUAAUGAAACAACCGCCGAUUUCUGGACACCGACGUUUGGCGGCAACAAUUUCAGGUGAUUAAAGAGAGAAGGUUGGGGUUGUCAAGACGGAUGGGAACAUAUGCUAAAUUCAGCUUGCAGACUCUAAAGAAUGGCAAUAAUAGUACUGUAUUUUCUUCUUCUUCUUUUUUUUUUUUUGUCUUUUAAUUUAAUAUUAUAUUGGGAGUUUUAUUGCUGAAUUUAGCAGAUAUGGGUUGUUUUAUGUUGAAGAACCUUUUGUUCCUGUCCU